AGGGUCAUUUUUAUAAAAUCAUUGACAUUGUUAAAGAAACAGAGGAAAAUAAGAUAUGGAAAGCAGGAAUGUUUCCUUGUGGCUGUGUUUUGCUUUAACUUCUAUGGUGCUUGGAAUUUCCCUUGCACAAACUUGGACACCAUAUAAACAAAGAAACAACUGUGGAAUUAAAGCGGACUUCAUAAUAGAGCGCCAGAUCUCCGGAUCAUUACUGGUCUGCGUAUUAAUCUGUACUAAGACGGGAGGAUGUAUCAGCGUCUCCUGGAACGCUGGGACAAAUAGCUGUCUUCUGUCAGGUCAUGAUACCAUAUCAGAGGAAAAUGAUCCCACCUAUAGGGCUUAUGAGAUGGCGUCGGGCUCGGUGUGUGCAUCAGAAGUGAAAUUCCCAGUUUUCAUGGCAAAGAAAACUACCUAUGGAACAGCCAGAUAUGAGAUGACAUACCAAGAUGCCGAAAAGCGUUGUGCAGAACUAGGAACCAGCAUGGCAACUGAGGAUGACGUCACACAAGCACAGAGUCUAGGACUGCACUAUUGUGAUUGUGGUUGGUUAUCAAACGGAAGAAAUGCCCUUAUACUGUCUUACUAUGACGGCAAUUGUUGGGGGAGUUUUUACACUGGACCAAUCUAUUGUGACUGGGCUUUAACAGAUGUUUGGUGCAAAAACUAAUAUCCGAGCACUAUAUAGCAGAGCAGCGCUUUUCAUCAAUGCCUCUUCGCAAAAAAUGAUGAUUAUAUAAAAUUCUACUAUGAAAAUAUGCAUGCACAUUGCCGUUAAAACACGACAAAAAGUGUUUCCCUAAUUCAUCUAUUUGCUUACAUAAAAGACAUAUAAGAAUCGAAAUAAUAUACAUUGUAUAGCAAAACUAUGUUUUAACACUACCGUAUCUCGACAAUACGAAUCGCUUAUACUCCGCGUGUAUAAUUCACUCGGGUUACGCCUUCGUGAAAUUAUUCCACAAGCGUAAAACCUCUUUGUAUUAUUUCAAUAUGUUAAAGCAUGGCUAUGCUGUAAUAUAAAUAUUGUCUCAGGAAUCUAAAGGGAAGUAACUUGGGCGUUUUCAAAUAUGUUGAUAUCUUUAAAAAGAUAAUCCGGCAUAUGAAAGGUCUAAACGCAUCAAUGCUACAUUUUGCAAAUAUAUUCUAUCUUGUAUUCUAAUAUUCUUGUUUCUGUUGAAGCACGCUUGCACUUAAAUGACGUCAUCGCACGUUUUUGUUGCGACAAAGAAAGAGCACUACUAUAUUUUUCCUACUGUUUUAAAAAUGUAUAGGGCAUAUUAGAAUUGAAAUAAUGUAUAGAAAAAUUGUGUUUUACUUAAAUUAAUACACUCAAAAUCCAGAAUACAAUGUAAUUUACUCGGGCUAUGCCCUCGUGAAAUUAUUCCGCAGACGUGUAACCUCUUUUCGUGCAUUAAUAACGUUAAAACACGGUUUUGCUAUACAUAAUUUCUUCAAUAUAUCUAUGUCAGGACGACUUGGACUAAAGAAUCAGACUACUCGCCAUAUUAUGUCAUAACUAUAUACCGUGUGACAAAAUGCAGCCAGUCCAAAACUGAAUGCUAAAACCUGUUAGUGAGAAAAACUUUUAGUAGUCUCAUUUCAAACAAAAGUCUUUUUGAACCGGUCAUUUUGAUUUUUCUUUACAUUACAUUGUAAAAAUGAGAUUAUUGUGUUAUAUAUCAUUCUGUCUCCAACAAAACAAGACAACGGUGAGCAUGUACAAUAAAGUCACAAAUGGCGAAUUCCAUUACGUUCAAUUGAGGACUUUGAUAAUAUUUUGAAAAAAGUGGAAAACCGCAGGUCGCCCAACACGACAUAAACGAAAAUGUUGCCGUUAACCUAUUUUAUUACUUAAACAAAUAAUUCACAAACAUAAUGUUCAAACCUGUGUUUUACCAAUGCCCAUGACGAUAGUAAAUAACACCAUAAAACAAUAAAAAGAACUGUGUUUCGGAUUAAAGACUAUUUUACAUAGAAAAUAUGGAAUUAUUUAGUGUAAUUUGGUUUUUAAGUGUACAGUAAAUUGUAAUUUGGAAUUUAUGAAAACAUGAAACUAACACUGUAGAUUGGAUAAUCUUGUUUUCAUGCUUCGAUACUUUUUUCGCGAACAGAGGGCGAACCGAAAAUCAAAACUAACUAAAUAAUUGUUAACACCACGAGUAUGUCUGGUGUCUUUAAAACUGUCAAUUUUACCCGAUUAAAAACUGAGGGUCAAAAUAUAUUUGAGUUUGCAAGCGUCUACUGAGCUGUGUUAUGAUUUAAAGAAAUAAUUGGCCUUUUGUUGUUAUAUUUUCUGGUUCUUUAGUGUCAUGGAGUUCAUUUAUAGCCGGUUCUAGGGGACAUGCAUUACUCAUAUCAAACCGAAUCUGCUAUUGUUUUUCUUGGUUUUGUUCUAUGCCAAAAGAUCCAAUAUUAAAAUCUCACUUUUU